AUGGACAAGUAUAGUGACCAGCGCAGCUCUACCGCCAACGACUCCGACGUCCACUCCGUCUCGUUGGAGAAGGAAGGUCUUUUGGACGGGCCUUCAAUACACGAAUCCAAACAACCCAGGAUGCGGUCACACUCCCGCGUGUACCUCCUUUUGGCUGCCAUCAUGGCCGUUGCGAACGUGGUCCUGGGUGCGCUUCUCGUUGCCCAGUUUCGAAGCAGCCAGCAGAAGGCGCAUUCUCACCGCCACGACCAUCAUGAGAAGAAGCCUACUCCGGUUCCAAUCGGGGGUCUGCCGCAGGUGAAUUCGCACCCAGAUUGGCUGCCCCCGGAGGAGUGGCGCACCGAGAUAUUUCGACUCCAUGAAAUCUACGGAGAGGAACCAGUUGGCACGGCAAAAGAGGCAUGGCUGUCGCUGAUUCCAAAAGGCAAAGGAUUCAUCGUGGUCAAGAACGACACCGAGCUCCCCAAUAUGCCGGGCCUUCGCCACCCAGAGCACGAACAACAUGCGUGCGUGGCGAUAUUUCACCAAUUGCACUGCCUGUACAUCACCUACGCGGCGUACUGGAACGCCCGCGCCGGCAACUUUGACGACAUCCCGCCGGAGCAUCUCAUACACUGCUGGGACUACCUCCGACAGAGCAUAAUGUGCGCGGGAGACACGUCCUUGGAAUGGGUGCAUAGGCUGGACAGUCCCCCGGGAGAGACGUCGGGAUGGGGCUUCCAGCACACGUGUAAGAACUUUGAUGCCAUCUUCGACUGGGCAGAGUCGCAUAGGUACACUGAGACGGUGGAGAUUGACUGA